CUAUCGUCAUGGCUUCCGCUUCGUAACCAGAGGUCCAGAACGUUUUUCUUCUUCAAACAGCACUACACUACACCAGAACCGUUAACGAAUAAGAUUGGAGACAAUACAAGAACCGAGCAAAUUAAGUUAAUAGAAACUCACACACACGCACACACCGGGAAUCACAAUCACAAUCACACACUGAUCUGAGAAAUGCCGGGAAAGGCUAUCCUUACCCUUAUAUUCUUCCUGUUCCUUCUCAUCUCUUUUUUUCUCUUCUUCGGAACCGUCGAUUUCAGAUCCUACUCCUUCCCUCUAUACCCAUCUCCGUAUGGGCAACCCUCUUCUUGCCACAUUGGACCCCCUCCUCUACGAGUCUUCAUGUACGAUCUCCCCCGUCGAUUCAAUGUUGGCAUGCUCGACCGCCGGAGCUCGGGUGAUACGCCCGUUAAUGCCCAUAAUUUGCCUUCCUGGCCGACGAAUUCCGGCCUUAGGAAGCAGCAUAGUGUUGAAUACUGGAUGAUGGCCUCGCUUCUCUACGAGGGAGUAGAUGACCAGGGUACCAGAGAAGCGGUUAGGGUUUUGGAUCCCGACUCUGCGGAUGCCUUCUUCGUGCCCUUCUUCUCGUCAACAAGUUUCAACACACACGGGCACAACAUGACUGAUCCCGAUACGGAGAUUGAUCGGCAACUUCAGAUUGACUUGCUGGAGUUCCUGAGGAAAUCCAAGUAUUGGCAAAGGUCUGGCGGACGAGACCAUGUAAUUCCCAUGCAUCACCCAAAUGCUUUUAGGUUUCUUCGGAAUCAGGUGAAUGCAUCUAUUCUUAUUGUUGCAGAUUUUGGGCGGUAUCCGAAAAAUAUGUCAAAUCUGAGCAAAGAUGUUGUGGCCCCAUAUGUACAUGUAGUUGACUCCUUUAAAGAUGAUGACACUCAAGAUCCAUUUGAAUCUCGUACAACACUUCUCUUCUUCCAGGGGAGGACAAUCAGAAAAGAUGAAGGAAUUGUUCGGGCAAAACUAGCAAAGAUACUAGUUGGUUAUAAUGAUGUACACUAUCAAAGUAGCUUUGCAUCAGGAGAAAACAUAAAAGCAGCCUCAGAAGGGAUGCGUUCAUCAAAGUUUUGUCUGCACCCUGCAGGAGAUACUCCUUCCUCUUGCCGUCUCUUCGAUGCUAUUGUAAGCCACUGUGUCCCUGUCAUUGUAAGUGACCGGAUUGAACUUCCUUAUGAAGAUGAGCUUGAUUACACCGAAUUCUCUAUUUUCUUCUCUUAUCAAGAGGCACUAGAACCUGGUUACAUGGUCCAGCAGCUCCGUCAAGUCCCAAAAGAGAGAUGGUUUAAGAUGUGGAUGAGGCUGAAGAACAUCUCCCAUCACUAUGAGUUCCAGUACCCCCCAAAGAGGGAAGAUGCUGUUGACAUGUUAUGGAGACAGGUCAGGCACAAGCUUCCUGGGGCCAAGCUCACAGAGCAUAGAAUCAAAAGGUUGAAAAUCCCAGAUUGGUGGGGCCAAAGAAGAAGAUGACUGUGUGAUGAUCAUAGGCCCUGCCUUUAUGACACUGUACAUUUACCAUUGAUCAUAUUCACAACCAUUUCCAGGGGAAUGACCACAUGGGGAUAUCACCUAGUGUUGGCAGUUAUUUGCUAGUCAUUUACUGUUCUAAGCUCAUUUUCCCCCAACAAUGUAUUCCAGGGGUGUAUCAUUCAAGUGUAAUUCUCAAUUGUUUUUUCAAAGUGGCAUAAAGCUUGGUGUCUCAACAACACAGAGUGAAAAUCUGAUGUAUCGAAAAGUAUGAAUUUGGGAAAAAUCUGUACUUCUGGAAAG